AUGGCACCACGCCGUCACGCCCAACUUGAUGUUGACGAUUUAGAGCAAGAAUACAGUUCAGCACCUAUGUCUCCCGGCACAAAGAAGAAAGAAAACCUCAAGAGAAUCAUGGCUGAGGAUCUAGGGCAGGCUACCGCAGACUACAUCACGACCAGUGACUAUGGCCCUCGACACGUUCCGAACAUUCGUAUUGUCCCCAAAUCCGAUCUUCAGGGCACGGAAGAAUCGAAAAUUGCGACUGCGAACGCAGCCAAGACAAACUCGUGGCGCGCAUGGGGAGAUACCGACGAGGCCAAGACUACUUCUGCUGGAAUCGAAACCCUCGCCGGCGGCGCGAGCGGAAAUACGCAUCGAUAUCGAGCACAGCAAGAGAGAUUGGAUCAAGAGCGAGACUUUGGAGGCCUCUUCGGAAACAGUCGUGGCGAUCGACUCUCCAUUGGGGCUCAACAGUUCCAUGUGAACUCUAUACUGUCGUCUUCGUCUAACUCCAACAAGAAGUCAUUCUACGCCAAACAAGAUCGCCCAUGGCCACCUGCAGGACUUAUCGGUACCCCUGCUUUCCCGACGGACACAGGAGCUGGCCUCACCGCCACGGCUACGCAAGCGGUCACUCCUAACAAUAUCCCAUCAAACAAGACAAGCUCCGUGUCAGAGGGGUCCGCUAGCAGUGGUGCCAAAACUCAGCGAGCCGGACGAGUCAAUGGUCCUCCUCCAAAAGGCGUGUCAACGGUUGCUGCUUCUUCGCAGGCAGGCCGUGCUGGAAGCCUACCAUCUCGUCACCCCUACACUGACUCUUUAUCCUCGGAUCCCUCAGCAUUCGUCGCGUCAGCGACCCAGUUCUUUGCGAGAGCGGCAAAGAAUCAACAAGCUCAACCGGAAAACACAAACACUCUUGCCACUUUCGCUGCUCAGGCAUCUGAGCCUGACACAAGAGUUACAUCUGAGAAAUCCUAUCCACAGGACCCGAGCAUUCGGAAGGUCCCGGUCAGCGAGUUUGCAUUCCCUGGCAAUGCUGCACUGGCGGCUCCCGAUACAUCGACACACACUGAUGGCAUAGCAAGCUCAACAGCACUGUCCGGAUUCUCACCUUCCACCGGUAGUCGCGAGACACCCUUGGUGCCGUCUUCGGUCCAAGAUGCCGUUACAGGUGACCUCAUCGGACUGGGGAUUCGCAAUGCAGAUGUUGGUGGAAGGACUCAGGCAGUAGUCACUGGCUCCAGUCCCCACAAUGGCAGUAUCAUGGACUCCCCAAUCCUGGACGAUGUGAACAACGAUGUCCUCGUUGCUGGGAGAGGCAAAGUCAUCGUCAUCAAUGGCAUUCGAUAUGUCCCCGAGUCAGAGCUGUUGGCUUUGAAACAAACCCCCACCACUUCUCUCGCAACCCGGGAUGAUCCUGAUGCAAAUCGAGCGCUGGAAGGCAACAACAGCGUCUCCAUCACUGCUAAACUGAGCCCUCAAUCCAGAGCUGGGCAACUGUCGACGUCUGAUCCACGGUCAUCGAGCAACGUAUCUCGGUCAGCUCUCGGGGCGAACCCAUUUAAUCCUCGUGAGCCCAUUGUCAAUGAUGCAGGAAAGAAACAGGACAUGGCGCCAACCAGUCAACCCAAGGACGAGGCUCACAAGUACUUCCAGUUCAGACCCAAUUCGUUUGACGAAGCACUGGUCCUUGCUAUGCGCCCAGAUUUUAGCGCUGCUUCAUUGCAGCAUCUUCGAACUCUAGUUCCGUCUGACGCUGAAGUUGCGGCUCCGCUUGCUCCCAUUGUGAAGGCGCCAAGCAGAUCACCAGCUAGCAAGUCUACGAACACCAUCAUUUCGAGAUGGGCACCAGUGGAGGCAUCACCUCGCCCAAACACCUCGGUUGUCAUGCCGUCCAGUGGCCAAUUCCCUGCAGCCGAGCAGAGUAAUGCUUCAGCCCUGCAACCAAAAUCGACAAACGGCAGUACCAUUCACGCUUCAACAGCCUCUGGAGAGAGCAGCGGAAACUUUACUAAGCCAGCAGCAACUCUCCAGCCGUUGGUAUCUACUGCCAUGUCCACAGGCCCCUUGAUCGGCGACCGUCGAGCAUUUGGACACUUGUCUAAAGUCGCUGCCGCCGGGGUCUAUUAUGAGCCUCCACCUGUGAGACCGACCACUAGACGCAGAACUCACCAGCCUGGCCCCGGAUAUGCGAUGCUUCUAGCUGAUUUGCAGCGUUCGGCUGCUAGUCCCGCGACUCAGGCAGUUGCUCCUGCGACUGGCAUGUCCAGCCAGAACCAGCAACCUAUUGCUGAAGACUCUGACGAGUCGGAGUUGUGA